AUGUUGAUGAAUCUACCGUUGGAGAUUCAAAUGCAACUCCUAUAUAUGGUCCCACAUUCUAAUCUCAAAUACAUCAAUUCUCAUUUUUACAUUUUAUACAAUGACUUGUUUUACCACAAGAUUAGACACACUUUUGGCGACGAUACUUUAGAGGUCAUUGUACGGGUGCUACCCUGGCUCAAACCAUAUAUCAAAUCGUUAGAUGCGUUUCGGUACGAGAAUAGAAAAAUUAUAGCCAAGAGACUAGACUUGAUUGAUACAUUGGAUGAGAAUCAACACAUUAGAGGGUUGGGAGAGAAUGAGGACGAGAGAGAGGAAGAAAUGGAUUCAGAAGAGGAAGAAGAGAUAAGUUGUAAUCAGGUUGAUAAUAUUGCAUUGAAUCCGUUGAAUGUGCAAUAUGUUAAGGAUUCAUGGAAGUAUAUCUAUUCCAUUUUCAAAAACAAACGUCUUUUCGCAGAAUACUCUGACUACAAGAUUGACGAGCCUUCAAAUUACAUCUACAACCAUUAUGUCGAGAUUAAUCGCACUUAUUUGCUAAGCUAUUCCAAAUACGUGUGGCUCUCUCCAGGAACGUAUAACCUCAAUGUUGGGUUGGCUGUGAAGUAUGGCCAUGGAUUGGGAACCACUAAAUUUGAAGUCAAGUACAAUUUGAAUGACGAAGACGAUAAUGACGCAACGAGGAUCGAGGACGACAAGGAGAGUUCCAAGGUGGUUAUUAAUUCAUUUUACCCACCAACAAAUAUUAACGACAUUUUGCCCAAAAAUCAAUUUUGUUUUCUCAAAGUCGGUCUGUUUGAAGUUCCCCCGAAAAAGGGGGCACAUUCCAAAUCCAAAAACAAAAUGCGCCGUGUUGAAAUCAAGAUGGAGGAAAUAGGCCUUUAUUUAAAGAGUGGGUUUCGGAUUUACUUUAUUGACAUUAGCCAGCCAUCAUUGUUGUAUAAUGAAUAUGAUUUGCUUUACUACACUUUGAAUGACACCAAUUAUAAGCUAUUUAUUAAUAUAUUGCUUAAGAAUUUGUACAAGGCCAUCAACUAUGUGCAGAAUGGCGGUUGUUCGGAUAAUAUGAGCAUUCAAUGUGCACCAAAUGCCUAUGGAAAAGGUGAUCCUUAUCAAAUAUGGAAGUCCUAUGAUAAAUCGUUUUUAAAGGAGUAUACUGAUGACCAAGCUCCGUUGAACAGAGGUUCGAAGUCGUUUUCGAGCCCCGGUCCUCGAUCAAGUUCAAACUCGAGCUCAACUUUAAGCUCAACUUCGUCUACAUCGGUGUCAUCACUACGUUCUGGCCAACAUCCCGUAUUCCGAUAUGACUUGAAGAAAUUGGAGAGGUAUGCUGAUUUCUAUUAUAACUCAACUCGAGAUAUGAGGCGAUAUUUCAAAUUUAGUACGAUUUAUCAACAACGUCAGUUUAUCAACAGGUUUGGCGAUUAUGACCUUGAUUGGAAAGAGAGUGAACAGAACGAGAAACUAAAGGAGAGCAAGUCCUUCAAUGGAUUUGAUGGUAUUAAUAGACUUAUUAGUGAAGGUCAACAGCAGGCUGAUGAAUCCACUACGAAUGAAGUACGGAAAGAUGAAGAAGUAAACAUAAAUAAGGUUCAAGAGGUAAAAUCAAGAGCAGAAACAGAAGCAGAAGAAAAUAGCAUGGCUAGUAAAAAGAGGAGAGGUUUGCAAAAAAGAUGCAACUAUGAUAAGCACGGAUUGAAGUGGAAAAUACCCAUCAUUGGAGAACUAUAA